AUGUGGGUUUUUGGGUUUAUUGUUGUUGGGGGUGUUUUAUUGUGGGGGUGUUUGGGGGGUGGGGGGGGGGUUUGGUGUGGUGUUGGUGUUUGGUUUGGUGUGGUUGUGGUUUUGUUGAUUUUGUGUUUUAUGGGGGUAUUGUUUGGGGUUGGGUUUUUUGGUUUGGUGGGUUGGUGGUUUGGGGGUGUGUGGGUGUUUGGGUUUGGGGGGUUGGGGUUUGGUUUGUUUGUUUGUUGUGUUGUGUUGGGGUUGGGUGUUGGGUGGGGUUUGAGUUAUGUUUGGUUGUUUUGUUUGUGUGGUUGGGUGGUUGUGUUUGAGGCUGUGCAGCUGAGAUUCUCUGAUCAGAGUCGUGUCCUGCUCCUUCUCUGGUUCUUUGCCUCCUUCUGUUCCGCCGUGUACCCGCCCACAGCCAGCGCGCCUCCUGCUGGGCUCAUCCGUCACCAUCAGUCAGGGGGGGAGAGCGGGUAG